AUGCCAGAGCAGUCGACUCCAACAGACAUGGUAAACCAAUUGGGAAAGUUUCUUCCAAGAUUAGCUGAGAAAACAGAGCCAUUGAGAGCCUUGACCUCUAAGUCGGAGUGGAUACCAACAGCUGUGUCAUCAGAUGCAUCAGCAUAUGGUCUAGGAGCUGUUAUUCGACAGAAGCAAGACAAUGGAGAAUGGAAACCAAUUGCAUACGCAUUAAGGCGUUUAGAAAAACUACCUUUACGAGUUCAACGAUUCAGAUUACGACUGAUGCAGUAUCAAUUCACUAUUUCUCAUGUACCAGGUCGCAACAUUCAUACUCCAGAUACUUUACCAAGUUGUCCAGUCUGUGAAAAUCGAGCAAAUUUGCAAAGCCAGGACUUAGCAACAGCAUCUAACGAGUAUGUCGACGAAAUACUUGAUUCCCUACCAGUGCAAACAAAAAAAACUUUGGCCAAACUAAGAGGGCAACAAGAUGCAGACGAAACGUGCUACCAGCUGAAGCAAUUCUGUAGGAGCGGAUGGCCGCCUAAACACAAGCUCAAAGGAGAUAUCAAGAAAUUCUGGGCAGUUUUAUCAGAAUUGCCUGUGAAAAUGGCCUAUUACUACGUGGUAGCCGACUGGUUACCCCUACCUCGAUGCAAGCAGAGAUUUUGCAAAAGCUUUAUUUGGGACACAUUGGCAUUACUAAAUGUAGAGAGAGCGCACGAUCAGCAUCGACUGUGGCAAACAUUGGGCACUGAUUCGUUCGAGUGGAAGGGGAAGUUUUUUCUACUAGUUAUAGAUUACUACCCCAGAUAUCCUAAAGUUGUUUCUUUGUCAAGCACAUCGUCCAAAGAGGUGAUAGACAAGAUGAAAGCCAUGUUUGCUCGACACGGCAGACUAGAGGUCAGAUCAGAUAAUGGUCCUCAGUACGCCUUGGAGAUAUUUGCACAGUUUGCAAAAGACGACUUUUUCAUACAACGAGCAGUCCACAUACCCUCAAUCGAAUGGAGAAGCCGAGCGAAUGGUACAGACUGUGAAGAAACUUCUAACAAAGAGUGA